CACUUGCCAACACUCCCGCGCUUGCAACAAUAGGACGGGGUGUGUUGUUCGGGAAAAGAGUUUAGGAAACAAAUGAUGGCGGUCGAUCAAUCAAUCGAAGGUCAGCAGAGGUCGUGGAGGGAGCACCUUGGCCACAUCCACAUGCUCCAUGGCUAUCCUUAGACACAGAGCAGCGUGUGUGUCCCUCGUCCAACGUCGCUCUCGCCGAGUCAACCAGAGUGGGCUCGACCAAUUUCACGCCGUCGUCUAGCGCCCUGCAUCCCUCGCAGUAGCUGGGUAGCAGUCUAGCAGACAGACAACUCAAGAGAGGGACAGACCAGCAACUUGAGCAGCACCAGCAACAGCAACCCAAAGACCAGGGCGCAGUCGACAACGAGAAACGACGCUUCUGCAUGCCGUCUCUGCAUGCCGCCUCUGCAUGCCGCCUCUCUCAGUCAAUCUUGCCCACAGCCGGGCGCUUAGCACGCCGCCAAUCACAUCCGCGGCCCCGUGCCGGUUGGUGACAGGCUUGACGGCGCCGCCCAAUCCGGUCGCGAUCCUGUCGUCGACGGAGGUGCUCGCGCCGCUUUUACGCACCCGCCAACGGACCACCAUUGAUGGAUACGCAUUGCCUGAAAGGACCGCCAUCCGUCAUAGCUCUCGAGGACCGACCUCCAGGGCUCGAGGACCUCCUUCCAGGGCUCGAGGGGGUACCGCCAGUGACGUCGGCUCCAGUGUCUUCCAGAGACGGACGGAGUACGGAGUAGAAAGACUCACAGACCAAGCCCAGGUUGUCGCGGGGAACGAACCUACAGCGGGCUCCAACUCCCAGCGGCGGCCCAAAAUCCGACCCUGUGGACCUGUCCCAUUGCAUUGUCCAAGUGACGCCCGGCCGAGGCCCCCUCCUCCCGCCCAGGAUCGCCAUGGCACGCAAACAUCUCUCUCCCGUGGAUCGACUAGCCCGUGUGUGAUGUCUCUCCAAGACGCAGACUGGCCAGUGGCAAGCCCCCCCUCCAAACAGCCAAACGGAAGGGAGGGGCGUUCGCAAGGGCCCUGGGAUAUAUUUGGAAAUCGUGAGGGGGAGCGUAGUGGAGGGCAGACCGGAUGGAGGGGCGGCGACACUGCUGUGUUGCUGCAUCCCAGAUUCGCGAUGCGUGGCCACCCGGCGGCCCAUUUUUACGGCCAUGACAGAUCUGCAAAAACAAACAUGCACGUCUUUUUCGACGCCUCUUCGCGACGAGAAAAACAAAGAAGGGGGCUGGGCGCGCGACCGCUCUCGCUGCAUGACUCCGUAUCAUGCACAAGACAGCCUCUGAUGGCCCCGCAACAGGCAGAGUGUCGGACAUACGUUCGUCACGGACAAGACAAGCGAGACACACGAGAAAACAGCCCAUGGCUUGUUGGGUUGCGAAUAAACACGUUACCGCUAGCUAAUAUCGUGCCCGAGACACGGGCCACCGAUUCGCUUCGUCCCUCGUCCACGCUUCCUGCUCCUCAUAUCUCUUGA